AUGCUGCACGACGCGUGGUCCGUCCCCUGGCACCGCGCCGAAACCAUCGAGCUGGACGCGCUCAUCGCCGAAGUGAACAACAACAACAACUGCCUGAAAGAGGGCGAGGCGGAGAGCGGCGCGGCGGAGAGCCCGCCCCCGGGCGCCAGCUACCAGGAGCUGCGGCCGGCACACGCGCGCGACAUGCAGGCCUACGCGCUGGACGAGCCGCUGUUCAAGAGCCGCAGCCCCGAGCGCAGCCCGCGCCUGCACUACGACCAGUACGCGCCGCCCGCGCCGCCCGCCUACGCGCACGAACACCACCACACCGACGGGUCCGGCGCGGUGUACUCACGCUGCGCGUACUCCUCCGGCUCGCCGUACUUCGGCAAUGGCGCCGACCUCUCCCAGCCACAGAUGUGGACCUCCAGUGCCGGCGGUUCGCCGAGCUAUAGCGGCAGUGUGCUGGAGGAGUACGAGGCGGCGGAGGGCGAGGGUGCGAAUGGCGCGGGUGGUGGCGGGGGUGGAGGGUGUGCGGGAGGCGCACUGCCCGCCUUCAGCGCGCGCUUCGGAGGAGCCUUCGCCGCCCGCCCGCCCGCCUACGCGACCGCGCCGCUGCCCGCCAACUACACGCACCAGGAGGUGUGGGCGCUGGAGGGGCGCCGCCCGCAGCUCUCCGCCGCCGCCAGCCUCAGUGCCAUCGAGAUGGCGGAGUUUUUCACGGAGGGCCGCGAGUGCGUGAACUGCGGCGCGAUCCACACGCCGCUGUGGCGGCGCGACGGCACCGGCCACUACCUGUGCAACGCGUGCGGCCUCUACAACAAGAUGAACGGCAUGAACCGGCCGCUCAAGCAGCCGCGGCGGCUGAUGGGCACGAAGCGGCCGGGCAUGUCGUGCAGCAACUGCCACACGACGGCCACGUCGCUGUGGCGCCGCAACGCGCACGGCGAGACCGUCUGCAACGCCUGCGGCCUCUACUACAAGCUGCACAACAUCAACCGCCCGCUCGCCAUGAAGAAGGACUCUAUACAGACAAGAAAGCGAAAACCAAAGAAUAGUAUGAAGGCAGAAAGAAGUCUGAGCAAAAGCAGUUCGCACGCAACACACGCAACACAUAUAACGCACGCAACGCACGCGUCCCACGCGACGCACGGCGCGCACACACCGCACUCCGCGCAUUCUGUCGCUAACACCGUCAAAAUCGAGAACUUGUUGGAGAACAACUCUGGUGUAAGCAACGCGGGCGGCGUUGAGAACCGAGCGGCGCUGGCGCUGGGCUACUACGUGCAGCACGCGCUCAAGCUGGAGGAGCCGCCGCCGGCGCACGCGCACGCGCACGCGCACGCACACGCGCACGCCGCACACGCACACGCGCACGGCGCGCUGUACGACGACGAGUACCGGCGCGCCGACGCGGCCGAGCGCGGCGCCGCCGUGUCGCUCGCCAGCUGA